UUGCUGAAGAUCCGGCUUCAGCAUAAGAAGUCAAUACCUGUUAACAGAAGAAGCCCAAACAGAGCAUUUUCUUGGAAUUUUGGAAGUCUGUGAGAUGUGGAACGUUGAAAUCAUCUCCCUAGAAACCAUCAAGCCAUCUUCUCCAACUCCACAGCACCUUUGCAGACUCCAGCUAUCCUUGCUAGACCAGCUCAGCCCUAGGAUCUACAUCCGCCUUGUUCUCUUCUACUCCAAAAAUGACAGCAGCCCAGUUCAGAAAUCUCACCAACUGAAGAAAUCUCUAUCAGAAACCUUAACUCGCUUCUACCCGCUAGCUGGACGGAUAGAAGGAAACAGCUCGGUUGAGUGCAAUGACAUGGGUGUCGAUUUCGUAGAAGCCCGAGUCGACGGUCAGCUCUCAGCGUUCCUCCAGAUGCCCGAUAUCGAGAAAAUCACUCAGUUUCUCCCAUGUGAUGCAACUCGCACGAGGUCAGGUAGAGACACGCUCCUGGCAAUCCAAGCCAAUGUUUUCGACUGCGGCGGACUGGCGAUCGGUGUGGGUAUUUCACACAAGAUCUCUGAUGGAGCUUCAUGUUUCACAUUCCUCAACGGAUGGGCAGCUACUUCACGUGGGGCAGAUGAAGCCAUGGGCCCCACUUUCAACUCCGCCUCACUCUUCCCGCCGAGGGAAGUGCCAAUAUCCGCCGAUAGCUCUAUAAUCACAGUAGAAGAGAAUCUUGUAACGAAGAGGUUUGUUUUCGAUGGAUCAAAGAUCGCCGCUCUAAUAACUAGAGCUAGCAAUGCUGUGGGGCCGACGCGUGUGGAGGCGGUCUCGGUGCUCAUCUGGCGGUCCAUCAUGCGGGCUCGAGGAGAAGUGGGGUCCACAAGGGCAUCCGCAGCGUUGCAGGCUGUAUGCCUGCGUAGAAGGAUGGUCCCACCAUUGCCUGAUAAUUCCUUUGGUAAUAUCGUAUCAGGUGCAAUUUCAUCAGUGGUGGUUGAAAAGUACAAUGGAGACAUGCAACACUACUUAGAAGGCCAGAUGAGGGAUGCAAUAAGGAAAGUAGAUGGUAAUCAUAUUAGAAGAUUGCAAGGGCCAGGUGGGCCCCAAGAGUCUCAAGGGCCUUUCAGAGCUCUAGGUGAGAAGUAUUCUCAUUGUGGUCUGGAUCUAUGCAUCUUCAGCAGUUGGUGUAGAUUUCCAAUCUAUGAAGUGGAUUUUGGGUGGGGAAGGCCUAUUUGGGUCAGUCAAGGACGCAAUCAUAUCAGAAAUAGCACUGUUUUGAUGGGGACAAGAUCAGAUGAUGGAAUAGAGGCUUUCAUUUGCAUGGAGGAGGCAGAGAUGUCUCGAUUCCAACAUGAUCAAGAACUCCUUUCCUUUGCUUCCAUUCCCACCGUUGGAUUUCCUUGAAUUUAUUGUCCUUUGAUGGGCAUCAUAGAAGG